UUAAUCGAAGUGUGUGGUCGGUCGUGAAAAAGAGACGAACAGCAGCAAGAGGUUCAGCGUGGCGGUAUCGUGCAAAAUCGUUCUCCCUCACCUGUUGUUCCCCGGCUUUCAGCGCUAGUGAGCAGGUCACUUCUGCGGGAAGAGAAGUGGUCCGAAAGACUUUUGUUGUGUGGUACGUGUGCAGAGUGCUUUGGCUCUGUCUUAGAAGAGCGCUGCUCCUGUCGAGGAUUCCCCGUUCCGUGUCUCUGGAAUCUUCCGCACACACAUGCUUCCGACUGUGGUAAGCGCUUUUUUGGGAGGUUGCUCACUUUUGGCGUAGCACUUGCGAGUUCUCCGACCAGACUGCUUGCAAGCAACACUUCCAUCCUCUGUGCGCCCGUCUAUUCUCUUCGCGUUUACUGUAUAAAGGGAUAUGCAAACCGUGUUUGUGAGAGUUUUCUAGGUAGGGGUAGUUUACGUGUCUUCAUUGGACAGCGUUUUUUUGAACGCUGCGCUCGAGGGACGAACGGGACUUCAGUCGCAGGCGUCAGUCUUUCAACGCGGUCCUUUAUUGUGCAAGCACGUUUCAAGCACUUUCGAUUCUGGGAUUCCCCCGUUUCGCAUUGCCGCCUUCCGUCUUCCACCACACACCAUGUCGAAAAUUAGCGCUGGUUCGAGUUCCCCUACAAGGGAAUACGAGUGUGCAGUGGCUCGAUUACUGUCGUGGGAAAACCCAACCACGGCGGGAUCGCUCUUUCUGGGAAUCAAUUUGCUUUACUUCUUUGUAUUUGUUCUGGGUAAAUCACUUCUCUCCGUUAGUUGCUACUUCCUGAUGGUGCCGUUUGCUGCGGGAUUCCUGUUUCGCGUCCUCGACCUUGCGCCCUCGUUUGGCGAAGGCCCCGUUGAAAUCGUGAGUCGAAGUACACUCAGCGGAAUGGUUGGCCGCUGCUACGAGAACGUUAACUGCGUCCUGGAGUCAGUGCGAGAUGUGUUGUUGUGGAAGGAUGCCAUGUACACGGCCAAGUGCUGCGUACUAACGUGGGCUGUCGGGUACGUCUCGUCGUUUUUCUCCAUGUGCUUCCUCGUUUUCUGUGUUGUCUGGAUUGCCUUUGGCUUUUCGUUCGUCAAGAAGAUGUGCGCAGCUCCCGUGUGCGCAUGUGUCUCCCCAUACAUCCAGGAAGCCCAGGAGUUCUGCAGUCGCAUGGUUGCCGCCAUUCCCCGAAUGGACAGUGUCACAAAGUAGAGGGUACCUGAGAGGCUUGAAAGGAUCAGUGAGUGUCAGCAGCGUGCCACAGUAGCUGCAUCUCUCGCUGGAACUCGUGGGGUAUUAGAACGCAUGCGCUGCCGGACUGUAUCAUCAGACACAGGACUACAGAAAAGCGGCAGGUGUACCGCUGUGUCUUUUCAUCAGAUACCACUCCGGAACAAGAGAUCAUGUGGAGAUGAGCGUUUUUAUACGUCUGUAGCUUGCCAUCUCUCGAGGGGAAGGGCACUGGCGAGCAAGGAACUAGCUUGAGGAGCAUGUCGAGGUUGUUUACUUCCCAUCUCUGUUGUCUCCGAGAAACCCGAGAGUGCAUCGAAAUGCCAUUCCAUUUGUGUAUGAUUACCGUCUGAAGUCGCUCACGAUUGAGCGCGUGCUCGGUUGUGCCACUGGUCGCUAGAGGCUGUUUUGCGGGAGCCUUUGCGCAGUUCAUUGCGGAUAUCGACGUUGCUACAAACAACAUUCCGGGUCAAAGAUAAACGUCGAUACGAUGCAGCACUAGCGAAGCGCGUCGUGACGGAAUGAAAGUCGGAAGGCGGGGUUCGACAUGUAGACUUCAGGGGAAGUGUGAGUGUUCCGGUGCGACUCCAGGCUCCUGUGUGAAGUUCUUUCUUCCCAGAGUCUGCGGAGUGGAGCAAUUCAUACCGUAUAUGAUUCGUGGAGGAAAGUUGUCGAUUGUUCGUGUGGGUAAGUUGCUGAGUACUACGCUGAGUGAAUUUCCGAGACAGCGUGGACGAAUUUGGCCGCGCCCAUCCUCGUGACUGCGAGUGAUUCUCAAAGGAACAUGGUAUCCUGAGAGUCUGCAUGCCAUUCCUCCGGUGGUGGCAACGUCACCGUAACAAGUCAGUCAGCCGUUACCGUCCAAGAGUGCCUCUAGCUGGCGUCACGGUUCCUCGAUCAAGAAUAAUCGAUCGGAACGCCGGUCAUACUGUGGUCCCCACCGAGGGUAGAUCUAGAACAAGAACACUCUCUAAAACCUUUAUUACGCACAGGGAUGGAGGAGACACCUCAACCGAAGGAAAUGUUUGACGUCGUUUGCUGUCAGGCGGCUACAGAACCCAGCUU